AUGUUUGUGUCGGUUGUUAGGGAAGAUAAGGACGAACCAGGUCGGCAGGAGCGCAAGGAUGGACACAAAGUAAUAACCCGAGCCACUCCUACAGCACAUAACCACGACUCCGUGAAGCUGAUCAAGUUCGCGGAUGACACCACCCUCAUUGGACUCAUCUCCAACAACGAUGAGUCCGCCUACAGGAGGGAGGUGGACCGGCUGGUGUCCUGGUGCAGUGGUAACAACCUGGAGCUGAACGCCCAGAAGACAGUGGAGAUGAUUGUGGACUUCAGGAAGAGCACUGUCCCCCCACCCCCACCCUCCGUGAUGGACUCCCCCAUCACCUCUGUGGAGUCCUUCCGUUUCCUGGGCACCACCAUCACCCAGGACCUCAAGUGGGAGCCGACCAUCAGCUCCCUCAUCAAGAAGGCCCAGCAGAGGAUGUACUUCCUGCGGCAGCUCAGGAAAGCCAAGCUGCCUGCACAGAUGUUGGUGCAGUUCUACACGGCCAUCAUCGAGUCCAUCCUCACCUCCUCCGUCACCGUGUGGUUCGCUGGAGCCACAGUCAGGGACAAACAGAGACUACAGCGCAUUGUGCGCUCUGCAGAGGAAGUGAUCGGCCGCAGCCUUCCAUCGCUGCAGGACCUCAACAGUGGUCAUCUGCUGUUCUUCAUGGACACUCAGAUGGAUUAUUCUGCUCUGUUCCAUAAAGAGUACGGCCUCAGGAGCAGCAUUCAGGCUCAUGAGGUCAGGACCUCUGUGUUUCUCUCUGUACAGCCCGUCGGGCGCAAGUAUCAGAGUCGAUACACGAGCUCCUGA